AUGACUCGCAAGAGACUCUGGAAGGACGCCAGCGGGAAUAUUGUAGCCAAAAGACCAGCCUUGGACGAGGGAGCCGUCCGCUCGACUAAGCAAGCUUCCACAAGUCUGCGUGGCACAAGCCAACACUUUCCUCCUUCGCCUCCUGGCAGUGCGUCGUCUAUUGAACCUGCAUCUGCCGGGUUGUUGAACGCAACAGGAGUACCAAAUGAGGAGGCAGUAGCUCAAGAACCAUAUGGGACUUCGUUGAAUACUCAGAUCCACGAUUUCGACACAGACAAUUUGUUCUGGGAGUCUUCGAUGCCCCUGGCUUACAACCCAACAUUGAGCAACGAGCUAUUCGACGAUAUCUUCCUGCCGGAUACUGCAAGUUCUUUCAACAUGCCUUACACCACGCAAAACAACUACAAUUGGCUUUUCGAUAUGUCCCUCAGUUUCUCGUCUGGACAUUUGCAGCCUCAGCCUCAGCCUCAUGUGCCUGUAGCGCCGGUGAUUGGGACCAAUAUAGCCACGGAGCAACCUUUUCCCAGCCCAGCUACGACACAAAACUCCAGUACGAUAGAUUUCGACCCGAAGCAAUCGCUUCCAAACACCCUGGACGAGCACACUUCCCUAAUUUCAGUUGGAAGUGGAAUCUCGCAUCAGGUGCAGGGUCGUCAAGAUCAGCCAAUCGUUACCUCGUCUCCUAGCUCACGGUCUAGUCGCGAUGCCAUCAGCGUAGCUUCAAGUGGACGCAGAAGAGCAGCAGCAACACAGCCCAGCUGCCAGGACAUGUCCAAGGAAAACGUCUCGCAACCGAGCCAGGAGUUCCAACUACCUCCUGAAUGUCCAUUGUCACGACUCGAUGCUCGCACUCGACUUCCACGUCUGGAUGAAUUGAGCAGAGAGCGCCUCAUCGAUCUGGUAGAGCGUUGUUCGCCCACCUUACCCGACGGCAGCGAAAUCGUCUUCGACAAUCCUCUCCUCUCUCUAUCGAGCUUACAAGGCUAUCUAGAUCUCUUCUUCACCCGCUUCAACACAUCCUACCCACUCAUCCAUCUCGCAACUUUCGAGCCCAACGAAGUCGAACCCAUUCUCCUUCUCACCAUCCUCUUACUGGGCGCCACAUAUGCAGAUAAAAGCGCCCAUCAGCUCGCAGUGUGUAUUCACGAUGUUCUUCGUCCUCAAAUUUUCGCAAAUCCGGGCUUUAGCGCGAAGCCGGAUUUGUGGGUUUUGCAAUCUAUUCUUUUGACAGAAUGUUUGGGCAAGUCUCGGGCGGGUCAGAAACAACAUGAUAUGAGCCAUUUGUUUCAUGGCAUGUUGAUCAAUUUGAUUCGGCGAAGUGAUUGUCAGACUGCACAUCCGGAUAUGAGUGUAGCGAAUAACGAUCAGGAUCUUGAUAAGCUGUGGAAGGACUGGGCGGGUCUGGAGCAGAAAAAAAGAUUGGCGCAGAUAUGUUUCGUGAUGGAUGUGGAACAUGCGGUACUCUUCAGUCAGUCUCUAUGUAUGUCCGCUUUCGAGCUACGUACAACUUUACCCUGCUCGCAAGUCCUGUGGGAAGCAAAUUCCGCAGAAAACUGGCGUCUAACUCUCCAACAAAAAUCCAACCGUCCUCCUCCCUUACUUCUAGCCGUCCUCAAAACCUACUUGACGCCCACAGAUGCAAGUAAACGAAUCCUUCUCGACUCUCUCUCCCGAACCAUCAUUCUCCACGCUCUCAUGUCGAUCUCCUGGGACAUGAACCGACGAGAUCAAACUUCCCUCGGAGUCAUUGGAGGAGGAGCAGACGCUGGAGAUGGAACUUGGCAGAAUCGAAUUUCCCAAUCUUAUAAUGUCUGGAAACAGGAUUUGGACUCUUUUUGCGCGAAUAUGCUCACCACUACUACUAGAACCACAAGAAGAAGGAGAAGAAGAAAAGACCACCUCCCCCCAGAUGACGCCGACGAUGACAACGACUACGACGACGACGACGACUAUGCAAGCUAUCAAAACUUCGCCGUCGCAUACAAUUCUCUCUAUCAUGCCGCUCAAAUUACAUUACUAGCAGAGAUUUUGGAUCUGCAGAUUUAUGCUGGUGCGAGACAUAUUCUCGGCCGCCCCGUAACCCGACCAGACUACACCCGUUCGCAACGCGUCGUAAAAAAAUGGGCCAACGAAACCCCUCUAAAAGCUGCCCAAGCCGCUUGGCAUGCAGCUUUUAUUCUUUAUGAAGCGAAUUUUUCUCCCCUUCCUUCUUCUUCUUCUUCUUCUGAAGGAAAAACAGGAGGAAAAGGAGAAGGAAAAGAAAGAGAGGGAAAUGGGAUUAUCAUCGAUUCCUUCCAUCAUCCUUGGGUGCUGUUUCUUGCGACGUUGACGAUUUGGAGUUUUUAUCAUGCGCGGCCGAGAGGGGCGUGUGGGGUACGCAAGGAUAGUAGGGGUGAGAAGGAUGAUGUUGGGGAGGAUGGGGAGGAGGAGGAGGAUGAAGAGGAGAUUAUAUGGGAUGCCAAAAUUCAUAUGCAUCAAUUGUUGGAGUAUAUGAUUCGAUCGGAACCGAGGGAACUUUUGAAUUUUUCGCCUGUGACGGGGAGGAGGAAUUGCACCGCCGGUUUAACAGCCAUCGUCGUCGGACAAUUAAGUAAAAUCCGCUGGGGAGUGGUACAUGACGGAAUGGUGAUAUUGAAGGGAUUGGUGCCGUGGCGCUUGAUUAAUGAAAGUGGGAGUAUCUAG